GGCGGGACUUCCGGCUCUCGGGAGCGUCUUCCGGCCGUGCUUGAGGGGUCUGGCCGGUUCCUGACAUGAAGUUCUUUAUCCAAGGGAAAGGAGCCAUGGUUAUGAUAGGGACAGAGACUGAAGACAGAUCCUUGGGAGCUGGGGAAGCUGCAGUCUCAGACUGGCCAGGCCCCUGGACCCAGAGGUUGGAUCCUACUGUGAUACACCAUGUGGUCACUUCUCCAUGUCCUCUGGCUUGCUCUGGCCUGUGGCCCUGUUCACACCACCUUGUCAAAAUCAGAUGCCAAAAAAGCUGCUUCAAAGACUCUUCUGGAGAAGACUCAGUUUUCAGAUAAACCUGUCCAAGAUCGGGGUCUGGUGACAACGGAUGUCAAGGCUGAGGACGUGGUUCUCGAACAUCGCAGCUACUGCUCAGCCAGGGCUCGGGAGAGAAACUUUGCUGGAGAGGUCCUGGGCUACGUCACUCCAUGGAACAGCCAUGGCUACGAUAUUGCCAAGGUCUUUGGGAGCAAGUUCACACAGAUCUCACCCGUCUGGCUGCAGCUGAAGAGACGUGGCCGUGAGAUGUUCGAAGUCACAGGCCUCCAUGAUGUGGACCAAGGGUGGAUGCGAGCUGUCAAGAAGCAUGCCAAAGGCUUGCGUAUAGUGCCUCGGCUUCUGUUUGAGGACUGGACUUACGAUGAUCUCCGGAGCGUCUUGGACAAUGAGGACGAGAUAGAAGAGCUCAGUAAGACUGUGGUCCAGGUGGCAAAGAACCAGCAUUUUGAUGGUUUUGUGGUGGAGAUCUGGAGCCAGUUGCUGAGCCAGAAACACAUGAGCCUCAUCCACAUGCUUACCCACUUGGCUGAGGCACUGCACCAGGCCCGGCUCCUUGCCAUCCUGGUCAUCCCACCUGCCGUCACCCCUGGGAUCGACCAGCUGGGCAUGUUUACACACAAGGAAUUCGAGCAACUGGCCCCUGUGCUAGAUGGCUUCAGCCUCAUGACCUACGACUACUCUACAUCACAGCAGCCUGGCCCUAAUGCUCCGCUGUCCUGGAUUCGAGUGUGUGUCCAGGUCCUGGACCCCAAGUCGCAGUGGCGGAGCAAGAUCUUCCUGGGGCUGAACUUCUAUGGCAUGGAUUAUGCAGCGUCCAAGGAUGCCCGAGAGCCUGUCAUUGGGGCCAGGUACAUCCAGACGCUGAAGGACCACAGGCCCCGCUUGAUGUGGGACAGCCAGACUGCAGAGCACGUCUUUGAAUAUAAGAAGAGCCGUGGAGGAAGGCACAUCGUCUUCUACCCAACCCUGAAGUCCCUGCAGGUCCGGCUGGAGCUGGCCAAGGAGCUGGGCGUCGGGGUCUCCAUCUGGGAGCUGGGCCAGGGCCUGGACUACUUCUACGACCUGCUCUAGGCUGGGCAGUAGCCCUCAAGUGGACAUGAACUUUUCUGAGCCAUGGAGUAAUUGACUGGUGAAAUAUAGAUCUCUGUUCUGUUUACCAUGACACAUCUGCUGUGGUCCUCAGCAGGGCCCAUACACAUGAGAGCUCCCUGGCAUGGUAUAAGAAUUGGAACCCCUCCCACUUGCCACUCACUGCUGCAUGCUGUGAACUGGAUUAAGACAGGACUAGUGGCUCCCACCCUCUUGGGCAACCUGGCCCAGGCAUCUUGAGUGCUCUGCAUGGUCUGUGUGGGGUGUGGGUUUGAAAGACGUGAACAAUCAUAGUCCUGGCAGGGACAGCUCCUCCAGCAUCACCAGAACCCUAACAAGGGCAGCACUGGUGGUCCUGCCCUCAUACCACCAUCAUCGACCUGCUGCAGGCCCAGGUGUGUGCAGGUUCCUAACACUUGCAGCAGGUUCCGCACCUGUUCCCACUGAGUGUGUUGGAAUUGAGUUUUAGGAAUUGGUUCAGGCAGGCUGGUCCCAAUUCUGUGAAACUACCUGAACCACAGCUUAGCCUCAGUGUCUACUGGUGAAAAACAGGGCCUGCUGGCUGGGAAGUGGUGGUGUGGGUGUCAUGAGGCCAGAGGGUCCAUCUGCCCUAGUGAAUGGCAACAGGCCGAGCCAAUGCUGGGAAAAUGUCCAGAAUUCUGAGGCACCAGCAGGUAAGGGGUGGCCAACCUUCGUUACUUCAUCGCUUUAGUCCCCUCUCCCUGUUCGUCUAUCACUUGUCCCUGGGCUCCUGCCCCUCCUUGUCCCAUGCUGGACAGCCAACCUCGGGGUAGCAUCCCUUGUUCCUGAAGGCCCUAAGGAGGUAGAUCCUUCUAAUACACUGGCCAAGGCCCAUCAGCUAGCCCUUAGCCAUGUAGGAUGAUAUCCCUAACCAGGGUACUAGGGGAAUGUCUGUCCCCUCAUGCUGAAAUCUGCAGCUCAAAGUCCUGGGAGUGGGUGUUGCAUUCCACCACCCUGGAGGUAGGAAUGGGGAGGGUGCUAAGGUGGCAGGACCUGACCCAACUCACUAAAGGCCUGACUAGGCCCCUCCCUCUUGGAACUGCUUUGGGAUGGGUAGAAUGCCCCACCUAGGCAUCUGUUGGGCCACCUUACUGACUUUAUCUUGCCUGACUAGAGGUAGCUCCUGGCCACCCACUCUUAGAACUCAGGAUGCUGGGUCAGAAGAGCUGUGGGACAGACUACCAACUACCUAACACUUGCAAAGGCCUUAGGACUGUCCUGACCCUGCUGGCUCUAAGAGAGGGACACAGCCCUAUAGAUCCCAGGUAAGGGGUGGAACUGGGCCAGGACAAGAGGGUCAGUGUUGGAGAACAGUAAAGGUAUUUUGGCUUCCCA